UCUCUGCUCCCAGAUUCAGCGCCUCUACCGUGGCUCCCAACUAGGUGCAACCCACUUUCCUAGUGUAAGGCUGGGGGCGGGGUUUGGCUGGGCCGGUCCAGGAUGCGAGAUCCUGGAGGGAAGAAAAGGUGUACUGUUUGGGGUGCUCAGCGGGCUGGGCUGGCUUGGCAAGGCUGGGAUCUCCAGAACAGGUAAUAACCCGGAGGCCUGUUCGUCCGAACCAUAGAUAGAAGGACAAGGCGAGAUCUCCGGGUAACAGGAUGGAUUUCGGAACCCCUGACCUGCUGGAUGUGUGGCUGGAGCCCCCAGAUGAUGUCUUAACAGGACCCUUCCUGGAGCUGGGACUCCACUGUCCACCUCCCGAAGCCCCAGUGACUAUGCUACAAGAACAGGGGCUGCAAGGCUGGGAGUCCAGUGGGGCCCAUGCCUGUGGCCUUCAAGAGAGUGAGCCUGAAGAUUUCCCGAAGCUUUUCAUUGAUCCCAAUGCAGUGUACUGCUCAGAAGCAUCUCCUGGCAGUGACAGUGGAAUCUCUGAGCACCCUGGUCGUCGAGACAGCCCCCCUGCCCCCCAGGCACCCAGUUCUCCUGCCCUCUAUGAAGUUGUUUAUGAGACAGAGGCCCUGGAGAAGAUGCAGGAGGAAGCGGGGCCAGCGGUGGGCUUCAUCUCCAUUCAGCUAGAUCAGUGGAGCCCACCUUUUAUGACGCCUGAUGCCUGCAUGGUCAGCAACGUGCCCCUUGAUGCUCAUGCCCACAUCCUGCCCAGAGCAGGCACUGUAAACCCAGUGCUUCCUGCCACCCUGCUACCCUGUCAAGCCUUGUUCCUGACAGAUGAGGAGAAGCAUCUGCUGGGGCAGGAAGGGAUUUCCCUGCCCUCUCACCUGCCCCUCACCAAGACAGAGGAGAGGGUCCUGAAGAAGGUCAGGAGGAAAAUCCGUAACAAGCAGUCAGCUCAGGACAGUCGGCGGAGGAAGAAGGAAUACAUCGAGGGUCUAGAGAGCACGGUGGCUGCCUGUUCUGCACAGAACCAGCAACUACAGAAAAAAAUCCAGGAGCUGGAGAGGCACAACAUGUCCCUGGUGACUCAACUCCGCCAGCUGCAGAUGCUCAUUACUCAAACUUCCAACAAAGCUGCCCAGACCAGCACUUGUGUUCUGAUCCUUCUCUUUUCCCUGGCUCUCAUCAUCCUGCCCAGUUUCAGCCCCUUUCGAGGCCCACCAGAAGCUGGGUCUGAGGAUUACCAGCCUCAUGGAGUGAUUUCCAGAAAUAUCCUGAUUCACAAGGACGCAACAAAAAAUUGGGAGACCCCAGAGGUAGAGUCCAGAUUGGGAGAGCCACCUGGGGUCAAGAGUGCAAAUGGCUCGACGACGCUGCUUGAGAAGACGGGAGGAAAGACAGGCCCCCGGGGGCUCCUCAGAACUGUGCUGCAUGCAGAUGAGAUGUGA